UAUGCCAUGGCCCAUAGUGCCCCGUAUAAGAAGGCCAAGGCAUUCUCUGAGUCUGAUCUCGAUGAUCCAAAGAACUUCACCAACCGCGCCUCCCACAACAAGCUCGUGAGGUACAGAGACGAGGGGAAGGCGAGGAAAGGGUCGGACUUUAACCCGAGCCAGCCUAUUGAUCCAGAGCUGGUGAUGAUAUCUGGUGGCGGGAGGAACCAUGGCUUGUUAGCCAUUGGGGAUGGACUGAUACGUUGUACUAGCACUCUCCCGCAGAUCAAGAGGCGCCAGACAAGCUCCGAUUCUGAGAUAAGCCCUCGUCCACGGCCAAUGGAUCUCGAAAUCAAGGCUGCUAUUGAGGAAGAGAGAGCAAAGACCCAUGAGCUUCUGGCGGAGGAAAGGAGGCAGGCGGCGGAGAGGGAGAGGGAGACUGAGGAGAGGACGGCUAGGCUUUUGGAGGAGGAGAGGAACCGGAACGACUUGACUAACCGGGCCAUAUACGAGCUCUUCGCGUCCAUGUGCGAGAAGAACGGUCAGACCCCUCCGCCGAUGCCAGUCAUUGCUCCGGCGGACACGCAUAACUCCCGACAAGCAUCGACGUCUGCCAUUGGCGUGAGCAAGAACCCCGAUCCUCCUCCGUCUGCCACUACCGCGAGCAAGAACCCCGAUCCUUCACCUACGGGUUGACGAUUUGCUUCAGAUCACGGAAGCUUGGGUUGAUGGAGUGCUUGUCUUUAGUUUUUGUUUUGACUUUGUGAAACUUGCUACCUAUGAUGAAACUGUGUAAUAUUGAUGAAA